CUAUUUUUCAGUAGUUCUUGGUGAUAUAUUUCAUCCUCCCAAUUUCUUUCAGAGUUUGUUUCAGAAACCUUGUCAGAAACUUUCAUGCCUCCUUUAUUAUCAAUGAAAUUGAUCCAAGUAGCUGCGACAUUACCAGAGAAAUUGACGACACGACCAGAAGGAAAGGAAAAUGUCAAAUUUCCUGCAAAUUCAUCGUCCCACUACCUUUUCCAAGGUAUUGGAAUCGAUUCCCAAAUCCGAUGGAGCACUACCGCGACACGGAGGCCUACCCCAGUGGGAAAAAUUAACGCUUGAUCAAAAACUACCGGCCAAUGCGUGCCCAAUUCAUCCACCCACAUUUACCCGAGGCUGCCUGGGACAAGGCCUUUGGCACGGCAAACCUGCCGACUACGGAUUUGACUUGACUGACCCACACGGUCGCGAUGUGUCCUUCCUGUAUCAACCGCUGCACGAUAAGCAAUUGAAGGAUUUCUACCAUGGGACUGAUAUUGGCCAGAUACUUAAAAAGCAACGACUGAUCAAUGAUGAAAGAGAAGUCAUCUGCAGCUUGGCGGAAUUCAAUCGGUGGCGUUCCUAUCUGUGGAAGCUGCACAAGCAUGAGAUUCGGAAGCAAUUUCAGAAACUGGAUAAAAUUUGGUGGGAUGAAUAUCGCGACAAAAAGGCCGUCCUGCAUAUUAAGAAACACUAUGACUUUGAAAAUAAAUUCGAACGCAAGAGAUGCAAAGCGUAUAACUUGAGGGAAGCAAAACGACAUAGGACUUUGAAGGCAAUUGCUCGGUAUCACAAAAUGAUGAAGAAAUUUCUACAUUGUCGGGAGAUUUUUAAGCAAACCAGUCUGAGGGAAGGUCAUCUCCGAAUGUUGCAAGUGCGGUACAACAAUGCUCUACUAAAGGCGUCCCAAAAAUCGUAUGGCCUUCGACUGAAACGGAAACUUCGUGAACGAGAUGCUCUCAGAACUCGUAGAUUGGCCGUUAUGAAGAAAAGGAUUGCGGAAUCCAACAAAAUCACGAAAAAGGAACGACACAAGAUGCUUUUCAUCUCAACCCAACAAACGGAAGCCCGCCGUGCAGCACUUCUAAAGGACUUCCUUCAGAACAACCGCAAGAACGUAGAACGUCGAAUGCUACGAUCGGCGCAACUUCAGGAGCGCUCGGAACGUCAACUGACUAGCCGAAAGGCACGCAACCUCUCCAGCAAAUACGACAAGCGUUCCAAACCGGCUCUGAUGCGUGCCAUGCUAAAGGCCUGGCAGAACAUCAGAAUCCGCCAGCCGAAUCUCAGUCGACAGCUGUCGCGUGCUUCAGUUCAACAGGCCGUCAACAUAGCCUACAGCAUCCACACGACCAUCAGCCCCAACAUCAGCAGCACCCAGAUAAUCGAUACAGCCAGACAACUGAUCAGUGACUUUGCCAACAUGCCUCAGGAACAGCUUCCGCUUGAUCGACAAACUAUCCAAUAUACCACCGAGGCUCUCUUGAACAUUCUCCAACAAGUUAAAGAACAAGUCGUAGAUGCCGGGUGCUAUCUGAUAGAGCAGGUGGCUACUAAAAUGCGCAAUCGAAUUGAAUCAGAUGUUCAACGACGCCAGUCGACGCUUUGUGGCCCUUGGAGUGCACGCUGGAAACGCGAAUCUUCCUUAUCGAACCGUUCUGGAAGCACCCAUCAUCGGGUCUCCAUCGGAGACGUCCAAAUAGUAACAGAAAUUGAAACCGAGCAGGAACACUUUAAGAAAUCCCGCCUGAGGCCACCAACUCCAGUCACUUCCGUCACGUCGCUUGUUGAGCAUAUUGUAGAUUCCGAAGAAACCAUUCUAGCGUCUUCCAGUGAAGAGCUGGAGAUCCCGUCCGUUGUGGCGGUUUGCAUCGAAAAACGAGCAACCGCCGAGGAUCAUCCUUUGAUACACCUAACCUUCCGACAGAGACGGUUCUUGGAGACAAAUCUGAUCAAGUACAAAGCCAUCAUCCAUCGAAGCGUGGAAACUCGCUCUCUAGCGGCCUUCGAUGUGAUGCGACUGGAAAUUGUUCGCCGGAAGUUGCACAGCCCUAGCGAGCCCAUGACGAAGGAAGCAAUGGCUCAAGAAACGGCACGGUGCAUUCUGGUGUUCCCGAAAGAAGAUCAACGAUAUGCUGAGCUGUUACUGGAUACUAUUCGUCUUCUCGUGUGCGAAGUUUGUGAUGAGCUGGAGAAAACAUUGAAUGCGCCUUAGAUUCGCUUGCUUACCUGCAGGUGGUGCACCUUGAACAUUGAGAGCAACGAAGGCACUUUAUUUCGGCACGACACUUAGUUUCACAAAAUUUUCAUAACUCUUACAAGCUAGUUAGUGAACAUUUUAGGCAAAUUUACAAAAUUAUAAAAAAAAGCAUGAAUGCAAUCCGUGAACGAAGAAAUGUUUUGAUUACUUUAAAAACAAACAACAAAUUGUUUGUUAACUCCGACAACUUUUCAUUCGGCUGAAACGAAAACGGGACCAGGUCAUUUUUGGCAUACGGGCAUUUGGUAUAAUAU